AUGACAAGUUGUGGUCUACAAUCCUUAAAUACGCUGAUGGUUGUUUUCUCCUUGCUUUUGCCAGCAGGUAAGCCUUGUAUUUUAUUUGGCUUGGGUUUCUUUUUAAAUUCUAGAAGAAUGCUUCCAUUUAGUUUUCUGCAGCAGAAACACCUUAAAGAAUCAGUCCAAGAGUUUUGCAGAGAUAAGGAUAUCUGCUAAAUAUUGGGUAUUCAACUCAGAGUAGACCCACUGAAGUUAAUGGAUACGACUUACUUACAUUCAUUAAUUUCAGUGGUUUAUUAAGCAGGAUUCAGAAGAACUAAAAUUCAGUAGGAUUUUGUUAAAUAUAGCCUGCUAUUUUUGUACACCAGUCAAGCUAUACUAUAGUCAGACUUAUUUCACUUGGUCAUGAAUGUGAAUGGAAAAGUGUCAUUAAGUUUAGUCUCAUCCAGAUAAGCACCAGAUGUGCUGGGGAAUCUAAUUUGUGUCCAGAUGUGUAUUGGCACAGAAUAUACCCGCAGAUCUUCCUUCCUCAAUCUAAAAUGGAGCUUUGUUUUGUAUGCAUUUUAUGUUUAGUAUUUUGACAUAGCCCAAAACUGAGCAGUCAAGUGGUCUGUGAAACUAUGCAAUUCUACCAAUGAACUGUUUAUAGCAUUUCCAACAUAGAAACCUAGGUAAGUCAGCCAGUUAAUUUCAUCAGCUGCCUAUCUUUUCUUCCUUAAGUUCUUCCCUUUGCCAUUUGACAUCAUAGUUCUAUAUAACCUGAUGGUACUUAAAGCAAAUAUGGUCUCUAUCCUGUUGGCUGUGGUGUCAUUUGCAGAGUACGGUCCUUGAGUGGGCAUGGGAAGAAUAAAGAUGACAGGUAGAGCUUCUUUUCCAACCCCAUCACUCCAUGAGAAGUUGUAGCAGUGGUUCUGAGGACAUCUGGAGCAGGUUGAGAUUGACAGGGGUCAAACCCAGGUCUGCUAAUAUUCCUUUCUGGAAGAGUUUAAAAAAUACAUAUUUAUCAUGAGGACUUCUGAUGUUAAAUCCAACUUCUUAGAAUAUCUGAGCUACAAAUUAACCAAGUAACUAAUUAAUUUGGACCAAACAAACAUCAGGCACCAACUGCACAAGCAUGUAACCCUACCCUCUCCUGUAUCAGUAGCACAACAAGCAAAGCCAUCUCUGGCGCUCAGAAACUGCUUCUCACUUCUAAUGCCCUGUCUUCCAGGGCUGCUGAGACUGUUCAGAGCAGUUACAGCCGUUCUCAGUGAAAUAGUAGGACAACAUAGGCCUACAGCUCCUCAUCUGGGGUGGUGACUACUCCACCAUCUACAGCAGCAGUGCUGACCAUUGUGUAGUCGUGUUCUCUCCCAUCCACUUAAUAUUAAUCCAGAUAUCUGUAGAACCACAGCAGUAGAAAACGAUUGUUCUUUUGAUGGAGAUAUAAAAGACUGGAAUUACUUUUCCAAAAAUGUUCUACUUCUUUCUUUUCAGAAGAAGACUAACUGUCAAAUGAAAUCUGCCUGAGCUAAGGGGGGCGGGGGGGGAUGCCAAUGGAUGUUCAUAUUUUUUUUAUUUUACAAAUCUUAUCUGAGGUCUGGAAAAUAGUGAUAUUUUGCAUCUGUCCUUUUUCUAAUAGUUUGGAAACUGCUUUAUAGGAAUCUAAUGAUGCCAUCUGUUAUAUGAGCACAGCAAAUAUUUGGCCCCUGUUAGCCAUUAGUCUUUACUUUUGCAAUGAAAUCUGCAUUCUCCUCCCCUCAUGUUCUCUUCGUAGCAAAGUAAAAUUGUACGUUGUGUUGCCCAAUGUUUUUACUAAUUUAGGAUGCAGUCCUAACACCUGGCCAGCACCAGCAGGAGUUGAUGGAGUGACAUAGCCAGUGCAGCAUCUACAACCCCAGUGCUCACACCAACUAGGGCAGAAACUGGGGCAGUAGGGAAAGGAGAAAUGCCCCUUCAUUGCAUCAACUCCUAGGCUGGUACAGUGGGGAGACCCAGAUCAGACCUGUUGCUGUUAGAUGAUGGCAGCAGGGUCAUCCCUAUCUCCCUUCCUCCCUUCAGAUGCUUUGUUUGAAAGUGAGAGUUUCCAAGGCAUGCUCUGGUUCAUGGGGUCACGGAGAGUCGGACAUGACUAAGACGACUAAACAACAACAACAACUGCAAGGGGCGUACAGUUUCACCCACAGUUUGGGCAGGCACAAUGGGGCACUCCUCACUGUCAGAGCUUCCCUGUUGAUGGCAGACCUUCCCUGCCGGUAGAAGCUUCUGUAGCCAGGCAUGGCUGGAAAGAAGGGCAGAUUCCCUCCAUCCAAAUCCCCUCCAGCGUGUCAGGUUGGGGGCUGAAUUGCUUUGUGUGUUUUUAAAACACUGCUAGCAGUAUCCUGUUCAUAUAUCUUUUUUCUUGUUGCAUGCAGUAGUCAUAUUUCCUGUUUCUUUCUUUCUUUGUUUUAUUUUUAAUUGUUACCACAUGCAAAGCUAUUUAGAGCUUACUUUGAGCUAUAUUUCAAACUAGAGUACAAGAAGUGCUGGAGUUUAAUAGCAAAAUAUGUAUAGAAUCAGCCUCUCUGAAAAGUUCAUUCCUGUUUCCAUGGCUGGGCUUUGCCAUACCACGCAGAGAGGAGCAGAGCCUGGUCCUUUCCAAAUUUUCAUUUUCUGAAUAUGUUGCAGAGAAACCUUCCCAUCCAAGUGUGAGCGUUCCAUUCUCAACUGAUUGCGUGGUGUGCAUCUUUUGCCAGGAUCACUUGACUUUUGUACCCAAGGUCAAAAACGACAUUGUGAAUCAGCAGUUAAUUUCCAUCUAUAAAUAGUUAGGUCUUGUGAGGUCAAAACAUGUGCAUUCUGUCUUUGAUGUAUACCUGAAAUGAGGUGGCCAGGUGAAAAAAAAGACAGGUCCCCAGGACCUUCAAUAGUGGAGUUUUAUCUUAUACAAGUAAACUGCUUCACCCUAAAAAAUCGGCCUUUUUGUUAAAUGGAAAGUGGUAGAGAAAUACACUGGAAGGUGUGGGGUGACAAUUGUUUGACACAACAUCAUACAACUUCCCCACAAACAUGGUGCAAAGAAACCAGGAUAAAUGUUCCAUAAACAGGUCAUCUGAAGCAACCUUGGUAUGCUUUGAUUUUAAAAAGCAAUUUCUAACUGCAGGGACUAAUCCUGGGGUUCCAAGUAAAUUAAGGAUUGUUUUGAUUUUUGGAAUAUCACUGACGUACAUUUUCCUUUUUACGUAAGACCAUUAGCUGUAAACAAUGUGGGCUAUCCAACUAAAUCAUAAAGUAAACGUAUGGAAAUCAAUGUACUGGAGUUAUUUAAGGGUAUGAUUCCACCAGAGUUAACCACUUUGUCCCAUGGAUUUCAAAGGGAAAAGAAAGUAUAGGGCUAUAUCUCUCACAUGAAAAAUCAAUGGCAUGUCAAAGAGUUUAACCUUUGUUUGGAUUAUAUCCUAACUACGGAAGUUCAGCUUUCAAUUUAUUCGUUCCUUAACAUUUAACUAACUUGUGACUUUGUAACAAGCAUACAUCAAGCAUCUGCUGAAUCGGUGAAUAGUUUUUAUAUUGCAGAAUCUAUUGUUUUUCUUUUGCAAUUUGAGUUAGAAAGAAAAUUGCUAUUUGCCUUACAGCUCUGUCCACACAUUUUCGAGUCUGUGAGCCAUAUACAGACUACAAAGGCCGCUCCCAUUUUGGAUUCCACUGUCCACGUCUUUCUGACAAUAAAUCGUACAUCUUUUGCUGUCACCAUAACAACACCGUGUUUAAAUACUGCUGUAAUGAGACGGAGUUUCAGACUGUUAUGCAGAUGAACCUAACAGGGAAUGCAGAUGGAUAUAUGCACAAGUAAGUAAAUAAGCUGGGGUACUUUUCCUCUUCCCCCUCUCCCCAAAAUGUAUCCUGAUGUAAUCAAAAUUGUACUGCAUCUGCAGAAAACAGAAAUGUGUUUCCAUAACUCAAAAAAAAGUUGACAAAGAUGAGAAGAACACUGGAGAGGGAAAUGGCCUUUCUGGACAGCACAAAUGUUUCACAGGACUAGUUGUUAUUUUAAAUUUGUGCAUGAUUUGCAUAUUAAUUACUUGCAAUCACUUGCACUUAAACAGCAAGGUGCAUUUGAUUGUGUGUCUGUGGAGUGUAAUCUGCCCCCAGAAUCCCUUUUUAUAUCUUAAUUUUAACUCUGUGGCCUGUUUUAUUGCCUCGAUCCCAUAACUCUCUUUAUUUUUGAAAAAUGCCUUUCUAAGAAUACUUUUUGAAGAAGUAUCAAGAUCAAAAGGAAAUAUUAGACAAAUUUUGAAAGCAAGUUUGCAUUUGAGCCAGAACGCCCCAAAUCUUCUUUUUAGUGCCAAGGGCAAGAUGAAGUAGUAAUAGUGGCCUGGACUGGAAAUCGCACUUUGCAUACGAGAGCUGGCUCACUCUGUCUCCCCUCUGCUUCUCCAGCACAGCGAUGAUGAGGAGCUUGGAAGUGUCUGCUUCUAUUUUUAACUAACCACAGAUUGUCAUUUCAUCCAAACUGUUUUGCCCCUCCCCUUUCUUCCUCUGGCACAGCUGCAAGGAAAAAGAUUGGGAGAAUCCACUUCCAUUUUCAACUUGGCUUCUUUCAACAAGCCAUAGUUAAAUUAAAGCAGAAUUUGUCCCAGUUCAGGCAAAAUGAUGAUCUGUGUGGUUGGUUUAAAGUGGAAGUGAAGGCUGUGCCAGAGGAGGAAAAGGGAAGGAGGCGCUGAGACCGAAGUCUUGUUCACAUUACACAUGUUGUAUUCAAACUCAGGUCCUGGUGCCACUGAGCAUGUACAAAUUGUUUUCCCCUUACCACUAAAUAACUGGAAGCAGCCCAAAUGCUCUCCAUUUCACCUCACUUGAAAAGCAGGACCAGCAUUAGAACUGGACCAGGAGGUGUCUGGCAAAACCAGUUGAAAAGUCCUCUUAACUGGCAAGCGAUAGAUGUCUGAAGGCUGUAUGAAUCAGCUGAAGGCUUCAAUCUGCUUGACCUCUUGUGUUCGUGUGAUCAUGGUAUUUCAAGUGCAGUGAGACACGGUACUUACUUUGAUGACAAGAGGUUCUCUGUUCAAAUCCCAGAAAAGCAUGUGUCAGUGGAGGAAACAUGGUGUGCCUUUUUUUUAAAAAAAAGAAAGACGAGGCACAGCUCAGGUUUUCUUGGGUAGCAAGACUGGGAAAGGCCGUUGCUACUCAGAGUUGUUGCUGUUGACAGUGCUUUUUCGUAGAAAAAGAGGUGGGGGUUCUCACCACGAAGCUUUUGUUGACAAUUGCCCUUUCAGCCUCAGCUGCAUCUCCAGUUUACAAUACCAGCAGUGGACUACACUGCAGGGUUGUCUUUAAGCCAUUUGUAUUUAGCUCCCUGGUAGGGACACGGGUGGCGCUGUGGGUAAAACCUCAGCGCCUAGGACUUGCUGAUCAGAAGGUCGGCGGUUUGAAUCCCCGCGGCGGGGUGAGCUCCCGUCUUUCGGCCCCAGCUCCUGCCCACCUAGCAGUUCGAAAGCACCCCUAAGUGCAAGUAGAUAAAUAGGUACUGCUUUCUAGCGGGAAGGUAAACGGCGUUUCCGUGGCUGCACUGGUGCUGGCUCGCCAUAUGCAGCUUCGUCAUGCUGGCCACGUGACCCAGAAGUGUCUUCGGACAGCGCCGGCUCCCGGCCUCUUGAGCGAGAUGAGCACGCAACCCUAGAGUCAGACACGACUGGCCCGUACGGGCAGGGGUACCUUUACCUUUACCUAUUUAGCUCCCUAAUUUGCAGCACGGAUGUGAUAACUGUACUAUGUAUUGCAUUAGGGUGUCAAUUUUUAAUGCUUAAAAACUUGUUGCUUAAAAAAUAAUAAUACAUUUUCCAUUAAACAAGACCUGAGUUAGAAACAACAUGAACUUCUCCUUUUUCCAGGGAGGGGAGGUCAGUGUGGAUACACUGUCUCCCAAUCACAACUAUGCUGAAAUCCUGAAUUCCUCUCCGUUGUUGUUUCCUAAUGGCAGCUUCGCCCCCCAGGAGAGGGGGUGGGAUGAGGGAAUGGCAUCAAAAGCCCCGUCUCUAAAUGAUGGAAUCAUCACUCUGCUUUUAAAAUAUAAUGUCUAUAUUGGUGAGAGCUUUCCUUGCCUGCUUGCCUGCCUGCCUAGAGAAUGUGACUGUCACCAAGGGUGUGGUUAUGCCCCUUUCCCUCCCCAUUUUUGGAAAAAAACUUUGCUUACAUGGAACUUGAGUGCACUGCAAAGGGCAGCGCUGGUGAGAUCUCAGUCACCCCCAUCUUAAUUUGAGAGGGAAAGAGGGGGCCCUUUGUUUAAUGGCUGAGGUUACCUUUGUGUUUUUUUUGUUUUUAAAUGAUAUUUAUUGAAGAUUUUUUAGAAUUACAAAAAAAAGACAAAGCAGAAAAAGAAAAAGAAAAAAUAAAUCCAUCAUUCUCAAAUCCUCAACUUUCAUUACCUUCUUUCUUUGACCUCCUCCUCCUCCCCUUUUUUGUAUCCUAGUUAAUAAUUAUCGCAGCAAAUCCUUUCCAUAAUUCAUAAUAUUCUGUCAUUACAUUACCUUAAUCUAUUUUCAUCUUAUCUUAUAGAAAACCUUAAAACUUAAAUCUUAUUUUUACCAACUUCUCAUAACCAUAAUAUUCUUACUUAAUUCUUUAAACAUUUUUGCUAGAGCCAAAUAAUUUCAUUUCAACAUUUUUCUAACAUUCAUCAAUUUUAUAAAACAAUCCUAAUAAUAAAAAAAGAAGUAAAAACAAUCCAAUCUUCAUCCAGUGUCCCUUCCUCCUGGUCCCGGGUUUUGUCAGUCCUUUUUAUCCCAUUGAUCUAGCACAUUAACCUGGUAACCUUAUAUCCGAGGCCCUUAAGUCUCUUCCAUGUCCCUUCCGCAGCUCUUCUUCAUAUUUUCCUUUCACUCGUGGGAACUCCAGCUUGGUAAUGUUUUUGACCCUUUUCAACAAAUCAGCCCCUUUUCCAUAGUCCGGACUAAACUCCAUGUGAUAUUUAAAAACAUGUUUCAGAAUCCCUCCAAAAUUAAGAGCCCCCACAGCUCCAAACAUCUCACGGCCCAUUGCCAGACUCGGAAAGUCCAAACAUCCCUGCAUAGGGGGGUCAAUCCAACCCCCCAUUUCCAAACCAGUCCAAACUUUAACUUUCCAAAUCUGGUUUUUUCCAACUUCAUUUGUCAAAUCCAAAAGCUCAUGUACCUGCAGGGCCGCAGCUCCCUCCAUCUCUGGGGCCCAAGAUUCAGCAACGUCCUCUUCUCUCAUCUGUUCUGUCAGGGCACACUCCUGAUUUAGUUCCUGGGUGGGCUCCAUAUAAUUUCCCAAUGCCUGUUCAAAAGUUCUGACCGCAUUAGUCCUCAAGUCCGUCUUCUCAUUUAACUGUUCCAGUAGGGCAUUUGUCUUACAGAGAGCACACAACAGAGCUUCUGAGGUUACCUUUGGACAGGAAGCAGGUUCUAGACCUGGUGGGCAGGGCCACAUCCUUAUCUACACCACCCUCUAGAUACCAAAUUUGACAGGUGGGAAAGGUCAAUCACCUGACAACACAAUGUUUCAUGCAUGCAGUUUGAAAUCUAAACCUGUGGACAAAGACACGGUGCUUUCUGCUAGCCCUGUUGACCAGCUUGUUGGCUGUGCUUGCAGUCUCUACCUGCUCCACACCUGGAAUCACAUAGGGCAUCAGGUGUGGGGAAGAUGAGUAUGGCUUGGCCAUAAUUAAGUCCACAGGCCGGAGAUUUCCCCAACUCUUCUCAUAAAACCUUUAUGGCACCAAUGCACAAGUUUCCCUUGGCAGAACCUCUUGUUGUCCGUGUGACCAAGAGAAAGUGAAGUGCUGAAGCAGAGGUAGCCAACAUGUCGUUCAAAACAUCUGGAGGGAGCCAACUCCCAUCUUCAUGGGCAAAUGGGAGUUGUAGAACACAACAUCUGCAGGGCAUCACAUAGGCUGCCUCUGUGUGUUGUAUAUGCUAGGGCUGAGCUGAAACGAGGCUGUGUGCGUGUUAAUUCUACAUUGCAUAUUUGUAUAUUUUUGUUAGAAGUAGUACUUUUAUGCAGAGGGAGGGCAGGGACAAUUUUGUUUCAAGGUAUUGUCUUGUGGCUAAAUCUGAUUGGCUGCAUGCUGCCAUGACAUCACCCAGCUGGCUUCAUGACUCCUCAUUGUUUGUAUCACACAGUCAGUGGACCCAUCUUUUAAUUCAUUUUUAAAUGCACUAAAUCUGCAAGGAGGUGGGGUAGGAAAGCAGGAGCAAAAUGGUGUGAAAAUGCAAAGUUUUUGGAGAGAGUUUCGGAGAACAUGUUAUCCGCUGCACCAAAAAGUUUUGGCUCUGCAAAUGCUGCUCAGUCUUAAUCCAAUAAUACAUUCCAACUUUUUUUUAAUUAUUGCAGACAUGAUGUGCAUUAUCACUGCUAGCUUAUUUUCCAACUGUAAUUAACUUCAUUCUAAACUGAACUGAAGGAAGAGGUCCUUUUGCUGUUAGAUCAAACUGUCUGUGCUUCAUUAAGCAUAAUUUAUACCUCAGGUGUUCCAGCUAAACAUCCACAGUAAUUGCUAUGCCCUGGGCAACUAGGCUUGUCCUUCUCGUCAGGCAGGAGGAGAAGGCUUUAAAGCAGGCAGUGUAGCUAGUGGUAAUUUUAGACCCUGGACUUAACAGUCCUGGAGUGGCUUUGGAUGGGAAGACCCCAUUUGUGUCUUCCACUGCUAUUCCACGCACUGCAACUGCUUCAGCAUCCCUGAUACGUUAGAGCUAAGAACAAAGAAAAAACUGUUUGCCAACCUUGGCUUUGUGUUUUUAGGAACAGAUGCUCUGAGCACGUGCAGUUUAAGAACUUACUUAAAUCAUAGCACUAUCCUGACUACAGGAAUAAAACAAGUUUUCUUCUGCCGCCCCGAUGCUAAAGAUAUUUAUUAGGGAAUAAGCACCAUUUUAUUGUAAAAAAGGUUAAGGAAAUGAUGAUAUCACCUGAUUUCCUCAUACAUUGCUGGAAACACUGCUGGAAAAAGAAGGGAGGCAUGUGACUCUUAAUCUCAGGGCUGUGGAUACGAGCCCCACGUUGGGCAAAAGAUUCCUGAAUUGCAUGGGGUUGGACUAGAUAACCCUCAUGGUCCCUUCCAGCUCUGCAAUUCUAUGAUUCUAUUAGUGGCACUUUCCAGAGAAGGCUUAAUUAAGACACACUUCAGUGCCAUAUACCCCAAAAGGAUUUAUUUUAGUGUGUGAAACGAUAAGCAUUUAUUUCCUUUGGAGGAACCAAGACUGCCUUUCUGAGUUGCUGUUCUGAAUUUGCCUCCUGAGUAGAAAGCAGCCAGCCCAAGUAAGUUGUGCUGGUAACAGGGAGCAAUUAACUGCUAGUAUAAAGUCUCCUGCCAUUUAUUGGGUGUUGCAGGGCCUCCCUAUCAGAGACACAAAUGCUUAAUUCUCUUUUAAGUGUGGCUUAAAGGCACUUUAACUUUGACAUGGUCACACCCUGGUGGUUUGGUCAUAUGAAUCUAGCCAGAGAAGUUAUUGCAGGUGAAUUCCCUUAGCUGAUUUGCAACAUCAUGGCUGACAUCCUGCUUUGAUUGUAUUGCACUAGAUCUUUCCUACCUUUUAAAUAUGAGAAGAAGCCUUUCCCUAGUUCAUAAGUUUCAUGCGGUGAUAAAUUCAUUACUACAUGCACAUUCUUAGAAUCUAAUGUGAGUAGUGACCAUCAAAGCACCUUAGCAGCAAAUUGAAUUCAUUCCACUUCCUGCCUUUUUUUAACAUUUUAUUUUGCUUUAAAGAUCUUUUAUGAAUUAAUGCUAUAAAACUUUGAUGAAUUAUUCAUCUGAAUUCCUUGCGAGCUUUGCACUUCGGCAUAUUGUGACUUUCUCUCUCUCGUUCAGCUGUGCCAUUUAAAAUAUUAAGCUGCCUGAGCCCUGUCUUACUCCCUCAUUGGAAACAAGGCAUCACUUUUUAUUUUCUUGUUUUAAUAAACAGCAUCUUCAGUAUUACUGGGACUGAGGUGUACCCCUAUACAUGGUGUGUAAUGAAUUUGCAACAGCACUGAGAGGGAGUACAUUUCCCCUAUCUGUGCAUUUUGUGAAGCAGUUGAGGCAGAGGUCAAGUCCCUCCACAGCCACUGGGAACUUCAGGAUAAGGUCAAGGAUGGAAGCCUUUUUAUUGCAGUCAGAAGUCAGUGGGAGCUAUGACAGAUGAAAACUAAGAGGCUUUAGCGCAGGGGGCCCAAUAAGUCCACAGAGACCCAUUUCCUAACUCGCCAAACCCCUUUUCACCCUGGGCAGACUUUACAGGCCCCAGUGCUCAGAAGAAUUUCACUUUAGUGCUGUGAUAGUACAAUAAAGUGGUGUCUGAUGAUCACUCCAUUACUUGACCUGCCAGAUCGUACUAAAAGACAGUGCUUAAUGGAAUAAGGAACAAGUAUAUCCACUUUGCCUUAGGAUUUAAACAAAACAUUGGGGGGGGGGGCACGGUUAUGUCUGGCUUUUCAUUUUUAGCUUGUUGGAAGCAGAUGUUAUUUUAAAGGAACAGAUGGAGAUCCCACAUACGGCCAAUUUAAUAAGCUGCCAUUUUAAAACACUAUUCAUUUUUCACUAAAUGAUUUUUAAUGAACAAAAAUGAGUGCCUUAAAAAGUAUGUGUAUGGGUAAACAGAUGAUGCUGAUCUAAAGAGGUGCUAAUAUUUGUGCCAUUGAAUUCUUGUUAGGCUGUCAAGUGCCAUGACUUUUAGCAAGGUAAGGAAGGAAUAAAACCUCUUGUCCGAGAGGGGGCCUGCCUGUCCUUCUUCCUAAACACUUGGGAUCCACAUUGGUUCCCUGUGCAGAAGUUUCGUGAGUGGCUUCCCCUUGAUAGCACUGUGUUUUUUCUUGUUUUUUCUGAAUAACAAUGGCUCAUGAGUCCAAAAAAGAGUGAUUUCAUCAGCAUCGCUAUCAGUUUAGUCAUUUUUCUUCCAUCACUAAUAGCUUUUUAAAAAUUUCUUUUGCUCUUUUUAGCAGUGUAAGCAUGUAACUGUUCCCAAUGAAAAGCAACAUUAUUUUGGUGGUUGCAUUUAGCACAGUGUCUGUGAACUACUGGCCUAACUUUUUUAGAGGGGUAGCUAUGUUUGUGCCGUAAUAAGCCUGUUAGUCUUUGAAAUCCCACCAGAUAUGUUUGCUCCACACACACCCUUUUUUUGAGAGCCAGUGUGGUGUAGUAGUUAAGAGCUCCUCCACCUGCAGCUGCUGGGUGACCUUGGGCUAGUCACACUUCUUUGAAGUCUCUCAGCCCCACUCACCUCACAGAGUGUUUGUUGUGGGAAAGGGAAAGGAGAUUGUUAGUCGCUUUGAGACUCCUUCAGGUAGUGAUAAAGCUGGAUAUCAAAUCCAAACUCCUCCUCCUCCUCCUCCUCUUCUUCUUGCUUUUUUCUUGUUCAAAAUUUUAUAAUUUAUAGCAAACUUAUUCUAUGGCUGACAAAUCACAUAUUCCAAUAUUCACUAAAAUUACGGUUUAUAUCAUCAUCCACUAAAAUGUAGCUUUAAUGUAAUGCAGUGCAAAUAUAAAAUACAGUGCUAGAAACCUGUAUCAUAUAUUUAGAAGUUCUAUGUUGCAAAUUAAUUAGUCGGUUAAGACAGCAGUGAAAAAGCCUUAAAUAGUUCUAAUUAAUGUUCUAUUUUCAUGUGCUUGAUAAGAAUGAACCAUAAAUUUCCAGGUUUUUUCAUUAUUAUUUUUUGUCUACCUGCCCCACCAUCAAUUUUGUGAUGGUGCCAAAAACCCAAAUUUGAUUAAACCAUACUUAUUCUGUUGGACUUACAGAAGCAUACCAUUUAGGUUCUAUCAAUAGUUUGGUAGCAGUUAACAAAACUCCAACUAAAUUUGGAUAUUUUGGUUUCACAUCUUUAAGAUAUGAACUAGAGUUCAUUUGAAUGUAGUAUCCAAUUAUUUCUUGUAUAUCUGCAAUAACUUUUGAAAACCUCAUAAUCUUUUCACACCUCCACCAAAACAUAAUUUGCGACUUUCUCCCCAUGUUUUCAGCAUGUUCCAUUAACAUCUGGAUGUAUCUUUGCUGAAUGUUGUGGGAUUUGAUGCCAGCUCUGUGACAUCUUAUGGAAGUUUUCUAUUACAAGAAGUGAUAAAGUUACCAUGGUGAUAAAUAUUUAUUUCCACAACUUGUCAAAGACAUUUUUUCCUCUAAUCUUUGUCUUAACCUCUUCCUUGUUCUAAUCCAGCUAAGUAGUUCUCCAGCAGGCAGCUUAAAAUGCUGUAACGCUCAUGUCCCACACCAGAGCCCAGAGCAUUAACUGGUACUUCUGUCUCCUGACUCAUCAGCUGUGAAGCUGGACAUGCCCUGCUUAACCAUCAGUUUAUGGCCCAACAGACCCUGGGGGUUUCUCCAAUUCCUUUCUCUUUUCUAUAUAAUCAAAGAGUAGACUUUGACAAGCAAAUAUCAGCUGAAAUGUAUUCUUUGCAGUGUAAAGCAUGUAUAAUAAACCACUUCAGGCUAAAACCUACUUUAUGUUGACAUGGCCUCAUUCUGUUCUGAAACAGGACCAGUGCUGUGCAGCUUGCUAGGUGAGAAUUGAACCAUUGUAUUUGAAAGAGAUGAAAUCAUUUAAAGGUCUGGUUAAAGUAGAAAAUUUGCUCAAAGAGGUUUUUCUUGUCCUUUAAUUUCUUACUUACUGGAGUAAUAAAAUUUACAUAUAAAAUGCUUUCCUCUCCCUGUUGUUUAAUUCCAAUGGUAAUUUGUGGCACCCAAAUGUAAUUUGUGUGACAUCCUGAACAGCAAAGGAUCUUGGGCAGCAUAGAAAUGAACCAGGCUGGGAGCAGAAUGGCAUAAUGCAAUGAGUUGGGUGGAGGUAUUUGACCAACGCAGAACUAUGGAAUAAAAAUACUUAGUUUACAGAAAAGUAUACUGGCUCCAGCCCCAACCAGACACACAACACACUUUAUAUCCUUUUCAUUAACACCCACUGAGGGACACUUUCAACAUUGGGUUUUGGAAGCAAUCCCUUAAAUUAGUGUUUAUGGAGGCCUCUGCAACCUGAAAGCAAGACCAGAAGGAGUAAUUCAGCGCUAUCCAUGUUAUUCUUAGAACUGAACCACACAAUCAGCAGAAUCAUGUGUUGCGGUUCUUACAGAACUGAGCAGUUGCAUGCUUGAAUGUCUCAAAAAUAAUAAAAUCAACCAAAAUUUUAAAAAACAAACCAGUGCAAAUUAGGUGUCAAGGAAAAAGUUUUCCCUGCCACCUGUGUUUUCUGUAGUCUUCAAUGGAAAUGGCUGUUUUUAAGUGGGGGGCAGCAUUUCAACACACAACUUCCCAACCUGCAGACUGAAGUUGGUUACAGUCCAGCAAAAACCUGUUGAGUUUAUAAUUUGGCUUUUAGAAGCAGCCAUGUCUUGGAGUGACUUUGAGCCACAAUCUGGUACAGUGGUACCUUGGUUUGCAAACAGUCUGGUUUGCAUACAUUUUGGAUUACAAACACGUCAAACCCGGAAGUACGUGUCCCGGUUUGCAAACUUUUUUUGGAUUACAACUCACUUUUUUUUAUUUUUAGAUUACGAAGAAAUUUUUUUUGAAGGCCCCAUUGGCGAAAGCGCGCCUUGGGUUACAGUCUGUUUUGGUUGACAAACGGACCUCCGGAACGGAUUAUGGUUGUAAACCAAGGUACCACUGUACUUAGACUAUGUAAAGAAAAUAGGUAGCACUGUGUGAACAUUGGGAGUCCCCGUGUAAGCAGCUUUGAGCUUUUUAAAGGGAGAGAGAGGUAUAAACAUAACAUUCUGGUAGACAGAAAAUACCUGUAUGCAUUUUAAAAUAUUAAGUGGCUGACUGGAGUGGCAAAUAGUCAUGGCUCAUUAUUAACCUUUGUUUUGUCUCUUUUUGCAGUAAUUACAGUGCAUUGUUAGGCGUCUGGAUCUAUGGGUUUUUUGUUGUGGUUUUGCUGGUACUGGACCUUUUGUAUUACUCCUCAAUGAACUACGAUAUUUGCAAACUGUACCUGGCAAGAUGGGGAAUCGAGGGGAAAUGGAUGAAACCGGAAGCAAGCCGGUGGAUUAAACCUGCUCAGGACCCAAGACAAGUACAGGCUCCGACUCAGCCUACGCCUCAAACACUGCAGGCAGCACAUGCAUUCAAAGCAGAAGCUUUAAAUCCGCCACUGAUGUCUUUUCCCAGUUCAACUGCCUGGUAAGUUUUGAAGGCUAUGGUGCCUAUUUUUUUAACCCUCUUUUUGUACUGUAAUGUUUUCAGUUGGCAGCUAUCAAGUGUAUCAUUCAUGAGAAGGAGAGCAGGGUGAUUUUGUUAAUACUUUCGAUGCCUGUACAAUAUAGAGAAUAUAGGCUCACCAUCAUCGCCUGAACUAAGCCAGAUCUGUGGAUGCAUCAGGAACAGGCAGUAGAGUCCUGGGAUGGAGGUGACUGUACCAUUUCAGAUGAGAAAUACUAUUAUUGACUGAUUCCCCAUUCUGUGCUGGCUUGUGAGCUCUAAGUGUCCACACGGAUACAUGAAGAAUCUGUAAAAACUGGAGGGCAAAGCCAGGCACAUAGCUACCUAUUCCAUUCCACGUUAUCUGUUUGCUGUUAUCUCACAUGCAGUCAUGGAAUACCCAUCAUUUAUUCUGCAUGCAUAGGUCCCUUUUCAUACACAUGGCAGGAGACGGAGUUCAAGGUUGCACCUCACCUUAUGGGCCGUGGAUGCACCAAGGCUGUGACUUGAGCCAUCCAUCCCAUGGUGAAAAAACAUGGAGGAACCUGACUGGGUCAUGUGAGACCCAUGCUGGCAGUAUUCCUUAUUGGUGAUAAAAGGGAGAUAUGGCUGUCAUCCUGAAACCUUGGUCUGGCCAGCAAUGUUUGUACAACAAGGUAGAGCUCUGCUGCAUGAGCUUAUCAAACCCAGUAACUUUUAAUAUAUGAACUGCCAUCUUAACAUAUGAAUUGCAUUCCAACUAUGGUAAAGAUUCGUCAAAUAUUCUGUGUCUCUAUCAAAGGGUCAGUGAUAUAUUUCUAGAAAAGGAGGUGCUGGAACUCACCAUGAACACCUCCCUCGUUCUAUCAGAAUGGCAAUGGUGCCCACCUGAGAGGGGCUGGAACUAAGUUCCUGUAAGUUCCCUCUGAAAAAUAGUCCUGCAAAGGGUUAUAAUGGCAACCCAGUUCUGCUACUUCUGGGCUCAGCCGGCAAGAAAAAAAUAGUUCUUUCAGUGCUUUGCAAAAUCCAAGAUAAUUGGGGUAUUCUGUCUAAUUGACUUGGACGUGUUAAAGGCUCAGAGAAAUCUCUUGGGAAAUCCUAUCCAUAUAUUCCAAAAUAGUAUAAAGUCUCUAGUAGCUGGAGCUUCUUCCUAUAGUAUGACUUUCAUUUCAUACCUUUUAAAUGAUUAUCUAGCUUGAAAUAAUGUUGAUAGUUUCCCCACUGUCAUAUGUUUUGUCUGAGACGUGUACGUGUUAAUGUGAUGUGAUAUGCAUCACAUGUGAUGCAUUUUUCUAUGAAACUUUGUGCACUUGGUCUGGGGUUCCCUCUUUUGCUGAUUGUACCGGAAUUAGUUAAUAGAAGUGGUUUUUGUAGUGAGUAGCAAGGAAGAACCAGCUUUUGUAUAUUUUCGGUUGCUAAGCCCUGCAUUUCUACUUUGUGAGUAGAGAUUUCCAGCUUCAAUAGCACGUCAUAGUCAUACAAGUUGAAAUGUGACGUUCCACACUAGAGAGGGGCCAUGGGUCAUUCGUAUAAAAGAGGUCUGGUUACAUUUGUGACUUCCCCAAUUAAAAGUUUUAUGAUUGCACUGUUUUAAUGAGAAGUGCACGAGCGAGAGCUACUAAAUACACCAGCCCAUGAAAAUAAGUAAUAUUUUAAGUGGCCUUGUGGUUUUCAAGUGUUGGAAGGAAUGAGGAUUGUAAUUAUAUGAGGCGCUGCUUUCCAGGAUGGCUAUGCAGAAAUCUGCUUCCAGGCUUUUUCUUUUCUGUUUCCCCACCCCCACCAUCUUGUAAUGAAGACAACCCAUUCUAUCACAGUUUGGCAGAGUUCUCAUUCCUUGCCAGCUAAUGAGCCUAAGUUCAUUAUUCCUCAUCCUACUCAUUAUCAAAGUGGAGAGGGAAACUUGGAAAGUUUGUUCUCUGCAGAAAUUAGACAAGGGAGUAGGGGGACCCCUAGUGGUGAAGUAUAGCUCACUUUCUCUCCCCCCCCCCCCCAUUUCUUUACAUAUAGUUUUCUGCUUUCUCCUGCAAACUGCAGCAUGGCAACAAUUAUUCUAAUGAAAAUAUGCUAUAGAGUAUAAGUUACAGGGUACAAGAAAAUGCAGAUAUGCAUUACUUCUGCUCCCAGUGUGAAAGCUGUGUAUUUGGUAUGGAUAGGUAUGUCUAAUACACAGCAAUCCUUGAUACAUAUGCUGCACGUGUGAAUAAUUCUGCCUGACAUAUGGUUAUUUCCAGAAACGUAUGUUGAUCUGAACUGUGAAUUGCUAUAGUGUUCGAAACAAUGAAAGGAAUAAGAGUCAUGGAGACAACAGAGGGAGUCUGCUCCAAGCGUAGGCUGCAUAGACAAAGUUUCCGUUGGAUUUACGAGUGGCUUCAGUCACCCAUGAGAUAUGCAGAAAUGAGCCACUUGAUAUCAGAAGAAUUCUCCAAAGUUUGAACUUGGAGCACAAGGAAAGAAUUCACAGGAAAUGGUGGUGUGGAAGAUGCUACUGCAAAUUAAGAUUAUUCUGUGCAGCCUUUGCAUGGACUAUUGAGGGAAAUGCAUGGGCUUCUGGAGAAGGAGAUGCGAGAGAAUAGUGAAAGACAGAGAAAGAGGGAGCUUUUCCAAUAUAUAUUCAAAAUAAAAUUGGGGAACCUGUACAUGAAGCUUACGGUAAGGGAGUGGAUACUUGAUAGUGUAGCUGGGAAACCUCAGGGAGUAGAACACGGGAAUCUUAAUCUUUGGCUCGUGGCUUUGAGCCCCAUGAUAGGCAAAGGAUUCCUGCAUGUCAGAGGGUUGGACUAGAUAACAUUUGUGGUCCCUUCCAACUCUGCAAUUUUGUGAUUCUAUGAUUUACCACAGAAAUAAUGAAGAACCUAAGGGGCUUAUUGACCACAAUACACUGGUUCUGAUGGACACAUAACAUUAAACCAUGAUUUGCAUAAACCUUAAUUAAUAAACCACAGUUUAGUGUUACAUGUGAACCCAUCCUAGUACUGCAACUAUGGUUUAUUAAGUAUAGUUUGUUGGAAAAAAACAAGCCAUGGUUUGUUGUUGGCUUACUGAUCUUGACAAUGGUUGAAUCUUGUUACGUGCGAAUCCAGACAGUCCCUAACUAUGGUUUAAGUGUAGUUUGUUUUCUUUGCCUCAUCAAAGUCACCUCAGACAAUGCCAGACAAAUGAUGAGCUGUAACCAGCUUUGUUCCUGCUCUACUGCUUGUUGUGUGUUUGGGAGAGACAGACCACAACACGAACUAUAUCUUCGCCCUGCGUAGCAUGACAGCAGCAUGGCCAAGUCCUGCAGCUGCAGUCUUCACUCCAGGAACCUGCCUGCUUCCUCCAAGCUGAAUUCCCUGCUCCCACUCCUGCUACACUGGCAUGGCCCAGUCAGUUGAGUUUAUAGGGAGAAGGGGAUUGGAUGGUUCUGGCCUGGGUAAGCAAAAGAGUAAUGGGCGAUGUUAGAUGUUGGAACAGAUCAUAAAAUACAUUGCAUUAUUUCUGCUUUGGGGGAGAGGAGCUUGGCAUGUUUUCCAAGCUGUUCCAGUUCAUGCCUGGGGGAAAUCACCCCUUUCUAAUUUCAUGCAAUUUCAAUAAGCUUAUUUUCAUUUUCAUUUUGAUUAGAGGAGAAUCUAAAUAGGACCCUUUGUUCUGAGAUGCUCUGUUGUGUUUGCUCUAAACCAGAGCCAAUCUGAAAUAGAUCAAUAGCUCUUGUUCUUACAGUGGCCUAAAUGGAAACUCCAGGUCCAAAUUGCCCUAACUUUGCAAAUGUUCAGAAUCUAUAUCUAGGGACAUGUGAGUCUGGUCUAGGACCAUAAUAAAUUCAAUUUACUAUAUCUAGGGACUAGAGCUGCCUAUCUGGAAAACAAAGAAGGCAGUUUGAAUCUUGCUGUUGAACUGAAAAAUGUUAGAUUAAUGAAGUGUGACCCAACCUGUGUAAGAACUUUUCAGCCCACACGUCUGAAAUCUGCCUCUGUUUUCCUCAUUAUGUGUCAUUACAGUUUCCGCAAGAUGUGGCUGUGUGCUUCACAUGAAGUUCUGAAGUGUUGCACGAUGUACUUGUUUAUGGUUUAAUUGACUUCUCUUUCUGUUUGAGGACUGAGCUUCUCACGAUAACUUCUGCAGAAAGCGGGGCAUGUGCAUAUGGACACAUGAAGCAGCCAUAUACUGAGCCAUGCCAUUGGCUCUUCUAGUCCAGUACAGCCUGUUUUGACUGCCAGUAUCUCUCUGUGGCCUCAGGCAAAGUUCUUUCUAAGCUCUGCUUCUGGAAAUCCCUUUAAUGACAAAGUGUUGAGCCUAUCAUGCGCUCUCCCACUGAGUAAUGGGCCCUCAACCCUAGGAGCAGCUGCUGGGUCUUUGGGAUAUUUUGUUUGGUGAAAUGGAUGAGUUCCACUCCAUCAGGCUACUUUUUAAAGUUCUUCCUCUCUGUAACGUGUAAAUCAGCCAAUAGUGUGUCAUCAAGUCACCACAUAGUGCCAAAAAACAGAACUUCAACUGGGGAUGUGCAUUGAGAGACCAGCUUGUUUUUUUUAGUCUUAUGGGGCAAAAUAAGUGAGAUGCAAUCUGGAAUAGAGGUGAGGGGAUACAUGAAUGUGGUCUUCAAAUACCUGAAGAACUGUGAUGCAUAGGAUGCAGCAAACUAGUUUCCUUUUGUUCCAAGCGACAGGACUAUAACCUAUGAGUGUCAGUUGUAAGGAAGCUGAUUUUGCAAAAAUAUGAAGAAGCAUUUCAGUAAUAAGAGCUGUUAGGCAUUGGUGCAGUCCGAAUGAGAAUGCAGUCUCCUUUAUGUUCUAUCACUUUAUGCUGUUUGUUGUUGUUGUUUUAAUUUGAUUUUACAACACUUUUGGAUGCCCUUGAAGGUCAAAAACUGGCAUAUGAAUUUUAAAGCAAAUGAAUAAAUCUAUGCAACAUUUUGUUUUGUAGUAGACCUAAACUUAUUUUAUUACUUUGAGAACACAAAAUGCAUUGGCUUGCAUUCAUCCCAAUUGAAAUCAAUGGGAGUUAAUUAGACAUAACUAACUCUUCACAUCGAUUUCACUGGGGCCUAAGUGUGACUAAUAGUUUGAUUCUCAGUGCCUGGAACCACCAGAGGCCAGCAGAGAAAAUGUGAUUUUCCUGAAAAAUUGAAAAGCUGCCCGUCCGUCCUGGGGGCGGGAGCCCUGACUCUGUUCCCUCUAGCCCUCACUGGCAGACAUUCUUCAGGGAACUGCACAAAGAUGCUCAGCAGCCUUUGUAAUGUGCAAGCCCUCCCUACACUCACUCACUUACUUGUGAUGGGGAAGAAACGCCUGCUGUCUUGGUUUGAACCGGAGCAAACCAUAGUUUUAGUUUUCCGUUGCAACUUACCGGUAGCUAUUUUGUGUCAAUGCUGGAAGGUUUAAAAAUUAAGCAUGUGUUCAGAACGCUGCAAUCUGUCCACAUCUUGAAUACUGGAGAGAGAGAGAGAGCUUGCUUUUUCGUUGCAAUUUCACUCGAGGCAAAUGUUUGUUAUUGCCAGUGGUUUGUUGUUGUUUUUUUGUUAAAAAAAAGUGUGUAGGGGUACUCUCAUUUUCCUACUCAUAUUGAAAUCCUGCCACUCAAUGAGGCCAGACUUAGAUUCACAAAAUGUUUAGGGGUAUGCAUACCCCAGCGUCACCCCAUAAAAAAAGCACUGGUUAUUUCUUUUGAAAUGGUUUCUAUUCAGAUACAGUGGUGCCUCGCAAGACGAAAUUAAUUCGUUCCGCAAGUUUUGUCGUCUUGCGAUUUUUGUCGUCUUGCGAAGCACGGUGUCGGGAAAGUUUUGGAAAAGCUUCAAAAAUCACCAAAGUCUUUAAAAACCUCAAAAAAGGCUACCACACCGCGUUCUAUCAGUUGCUCCUCGAAGUCAAGUCGCAACUCUCUCAACGGAGUUAAGACAAAGGAAACAAACUUGCAAGACGUUUCCGUCUUGCGAAGCAAGCCCAUAGGGAAAAUCGUCUUGCGAAGCAGCUCAAAAAACAAAAAACCCUUUCGUCUAGCGAGUUUUUUGUCUUGCGAGGCAUUCGUCUUGUGAGGUACCACUGUACGGUCUGGGCAGGGCAGGGGUAGGGACCCCUUUUCAGUCCAAGGGCUGCGCAUUUGCUUAUGGGGAACCUUCCACUUGCCUUGUGCCCAUGGUGGGCAAGGCCAGAGACCAAAGUGGACGGGGCAAUAAAUAUGAGUCUCACCUUUUGGAAAGUAAGGCCAUAUUGCAGCCACACGGAAGCCAGAGGUUUCCACGCACACACAUCUCACCAUCCAGGCAAGCAAGGGGCAUUAUGUUCAAGGAUACAUUCCUGCCAGGCAGAAGCACCAAAGCAGGGUGUGCGCUUGGGCUCUCUGCCCAACACGUGGCAAUAAAUGUAGUAAAUGUAUUCAAUGCCCUUCAAUGGAUGAUGUCCAAAAGUACUGUGCUGGUGGGUGUUCCAGCGUAAAGAAUUCAGUAGCAACCAGCAAACAAACAGAACUGUAUGUCUAGACUGAAUCAACUGUUUCGAAGGUGAAUCUUUGUCAGCUGAUGAUGACAUUAAAUAUGUUACAUACAAUGAAUGACAACAAAAAUAAUACUGAGCAAGCUGCAUGUAAAUAAUGAAUAAAUAAUAAAUGAGGAAUACAUACCAAAUAAUUAUUGUUGUCAUUCAUCGUAUGUAACAUAUUUAAUUUCAUCAUCAGCUGACAAAGAUUCACCUUCGAAACAGUAGAUUCAAUCCGGACAUCCUGCCUGCGACGUGGUGUUCCCUCCCAGCAAUUCAUUACGCUGACUAGCUGACUACUUCUUGGCUUUGGACUGAUAUAUAUUUUGAAGUUGAUGACUUGUAAAGUUUGGGUGACAAUUCUAACCACGAACAAUAUUAUAUUUACUAAAUUUAUUAGCCACAUGUUGCAGCCGUAUUGGAGCAGAUUAUUCUGUAUUGGAACACAGGGGUUUGUUUUUGUCCCCUUAAUACAGGGCAGAGAGGUGACUUUUGCCCUUGACCAGCCCAGGUUUUGCUCUGGCCUUGCUCAUCGCUGCCCCAACCUCCAAAAGGUUGCCCACGAGGGACUGCAGUCCCUAGACACAAAAGCCCCACCCCCCCUUGCUCCAUACCAAGUCAAAGCAAAAUAGGCUCUCAAUUAUUCCCAUCUUGGUAGUUGAGAGUGCAGGGUGGCAGCGGCAGGGAGGGAGGGGCUUAUUUUCAAACCUUUGUCUCAAGCAUGAUGUUUUCUUAUUAGUCUUUAAGAGAACAUUUGUAUAAGUAGAAAUGCAUGCUGUUACAUUGUUAACCAUCAUUUUUCUGUUUUUGUUCUUAUUUGCCUUCUGAAGCAUUAAACGGGGAUCCUAUGUUAGGAUCAGGUGAGUGUAUCCCACACAGUUGAAACAGUUGUGAUCACAACUGUGGUGGGACAACACCCCAUCCCCAAAACCUGGCUUGCCCCAUGUUUCCUCUCCCAGCUCUUCCCUUUUCCCUCUAAAAAUCCCUGGCAGUUCAAAGGAUUGACAUUGCCUUCAUGUGACCCUCUUGUUCUCCCCUCCCAGUAGCGCUGCAGUCCUAACCCCACUUACCACUUACUAAGCCCCAUUGAAUUCAUUAGGACUCCCUUCUGAGAAGACACUGUUUAAAUUGUGCUGUUAGACAUGGCAAGUUUCAGUAACCUUUAUAAAAUAAAAAAAAUCAGGCACAGAGUUUCUGUUCACCCCGUUGAUGCCAUUGCUCAGGUUCUCGUUGACUUUAGUAGAGUAAAAAUGUCUCACAGAAGCAAGAGUUUUCUUUUUUCCUUGAACAUGUCGCAAGGCAUGAUCGAGCCAUGAUUAAGCACUUUUUACUUAUAAUUAUUUCAGUGGCAGAUAUUUAAACACAUGGUUCAUUUUCCCAUUGAAACCAACACGACUGCAAAGUGCUGGGCUGAAUUUUGACCCUAGUUAAGGACAAUAAUGGCAUUUCCUGCAUUGCUCCUGAACCAAAGGACCAGGGAAGAGGAAAGCAGCCGUGAGCUCCUCUUCAGAGGCUUAUAGGCUCAUGCAGUCUUGCUAAGCUAAAGUCUGGUAUAGUGUGUUGGGCGACAAAUUAUUUCAAGAGGAGAUGCUACUUCUAAGUUGAAAAAUCAGUACUUCUGUAUUAUACUUUUCAGCUUAUACAGUGGUACCUCAAGUUACAAACGCCUCAGCUUACAAACUCCACUAACCUGGAAGCAUUACCUUGAGUUGAGAACUUUGCCCCAGGAUGAGAACGGAAAUUGUGUGCCGGUGGCGCAGCAGCAGCAAGAGGCCCCAUUAGUGAAAGCACGCUUCUAGUUAAGAACAGUUUCAGGUUAAGAAUGGACCUCCCGAACAAAUUAAGUUCAUAACUAGAGGUGCCACUGUAGUCUGAUUUGGGGAAGAACUGAAUUCAUACUUAACUAGUGGCAGGCACUGAUUGCAAAAUAUUCUGGGGAAUCUGAACCAUGCCAUGUCACAAACCUAUGACCAACUUAUUGUAUAAACAAAUCAUUCUCCAUGCUCAACCAUUUCAAAGGUCAGUGCUUUUAGUUUUUUCAGCCUUACUACUUUACAUAGUCUCUGAUUAUGGAUCUGCUCUGGUUAGUCUCAACAGCAAUAAAACCUUCUCUGUGCAAAUAUUAAAAACAGCUCAUUCAUCACUGACUACAGUUUUCAGGGCAUGGCACCGCAGCAGUUCUUUCCAUACUCGGAUUAAAAGAACGUACAGAUUUCCUCGAAAUCAUUGCUGGAAUUGUAAAAGCAUGCUAAAUCUCCAUGAGUACCGUAAUGGGGGUUUUACAGUAAUGGGAUUUUAUUUUCCUUUGAGCUGCCGGCUUCCUUGCCAUGGCACAAAAGGUUUUUGAGAUCCCCCUUAAGAGACGGUUCUUAUAAGAUGCCUGCAGUGUAGGGGGCCCUGCAGUGCUGGGGUGACACGGAAAGCCCCAGACGAUGUGAGAGGUUUGCCUCUUCCCCACAGCAGAUUCAGUCCAUGAGAAAAUGGGUGUUGGCAGACCAGGCUGUGUGUACCACAUGACCUACUCUUCACCUCCCAAGACGCCAACUGCCCUCAGAUGCAACGAAGGGUGCUGUCUGGUGCUGAAGUAAGAGUCAGCUGCUGGUCCAGUCAGCUUUUGUGCAUGGAAUAGGAGGGGGCGCCAAAUGUCCUUUGCCCCAGGCAGCAACAUCUCUUGGGCCAGUCCAGGUUAUUCCAAAAGUAUGGCAAGAAGCAGCUCCCAUGCUGUCAGCAGAAUGUGAGAGCUUAAAUUUCCAUUUCAAGAGCAGGUGGCCUUGCUAUUUCCCACCACCACCAGGCUGGCACAUCCACAGAAAAUGAGUCAAAGGGGAACUUUUCCAUCCCUUUCUCAGAGUGUGUGCCACCUAUGGAACUUUAGCAAUGGGUAGAGCAAUCCAAACCUCCAGUCCACUGGAGUGGGUGGCGUUGGAUGGAGCAGAGGAGGUCCUCCACCCAGCACUGCCAGUCUCCACCAGACUCUGCCAUCUUGGUAGCUCCACCAUCAGGGAAGCCCAAUGAUGAGGAGCACACCAUAUACCCACCAAAAGGGCAGGUGGGUGGAAGCUACCAUUGGUGUCGUCCCCACCAGCAGUAGUCAGAGGAUGCCCUCCAAAGAGGGCAGGUGACAGCACUGGGCCUGAUCUGGGCCUCUGCUGCACCAGUUGGGGGGCUGGUGGUGGUGUAGGAACAUUUCUUUCCUGCCUCCACCUUCCACGCUGGCCAGCAUGGGUGUGGUGUUGGCUGUGCCACUCCAUCAAUUCCCAUCACUGCUGGUCAGGGUUAGGAUUGCACCCUAUGUCCUGGACUACACAUUUCCCUGUGUGUGAGCAUCAGUCACUCAUACACAUACACACCCCAUAAUGUGGGACUUACCAGAUUAAUCAGGCCAAUGGCACAUUAAUCAGGCCCUCCAUCUCAUUGGUAGCUCAUGUCAGGUGAAUAGGGCAAUUUGUUACAUGAGGACUCUGCUUAGCUGAUGCCCCUGAUGAAUGUAACCAGUUGCCCAAAUGUCAGAUUAGGUCAGAAACUGUUGGAAUCAUUCUAGUAAAAUAAUUUCCUACACGCAUGCUGUUGUGACUUAAUUUGCACAGCCUCGUUUCUUUCUUGUGUCAGGCCAUGUCCUUGAAAGUCUAACAGCAUUUUCACACAUGAAAGCACCUUUGAGCCUCUCUUGUCCUAUUUAUUUUAAUAUCUGAUUGCUGUAAAUGUGUAAGGCAGGCAUUUGUAACGUGAAUGAUUCUCUGGUGAUGUGGAUUCUAUUCACAUUACAACUCAAUUGAAGCAAGAGGCACUUUAAGUCUCAGUUAUGGAAACGCCUGCUUAGUCUUCCAUUCCAUCCUCUGUAAAUAUGAAAUAGUUGCUUUAAAAGCAUUGACAAGCUUCUCUUACUUUUCCUCUCCUAAAGCAAUAUAUGGAAAAGCAAAGGUGUUUGAAAUUGUUGAAGCUUUUUGGUUGUGGCAGCCCACUUUAGUUAUUUGUUUGCAGAAAAGAUGUCUAUGUAUAGUCAAAAUAUUAUUACAGCCAGAGGAGUCUGGGAUCUGUCAUACAUUCUUGGCUGCUCUCUAGCAGACAGAGUUUUAUGGAAGAAGAGGGAAGGCUAAUUAAGUUCAGCAACCAUAACUUUGACUUUGAUGCAGCACCAUGAUUCUAGCAGUAAGUAAAUUCACUCACUAAUUACAGAAUUUCUUUCUCUUUAGUCUGGAAACCAUCUGA